AUGCGGACGCAUCUUGUUCUCUCGGCUGCAUUUGUCGCCGCGUCUCUUGGUGCCGCGGUGCCUUUGAAGAACAACGGGUCAGGCCACUUCUCGUUGAUUGCCAAGGCUAGGCCUCGGGGGAGCCGAGACUUUCUGAGGGACUGGAAAGCCGCCCACCGUCGUUGGGGGAAGAAGCACCUUUUGCCGGCGUCCAAGGCGACUUUGGACGGAGGUUGGUUCAGCCCAGCCCUGCAGCAUCGUUGGUGUGUGAGCAUGGCUAAACUCGUGGUAGAGGCAAGUGUCACGGCCGAGCCUUUGCUUCGUGACCAAGCCUAUGUCAUGGACGUUGAGUUUGGAACCCCGGCUCAGAAGCUGAAGAUGAUGUUCGACACUGGAUCCUCAGACCUCUGGGUCAAGUCUACAGAUACAAUAUACUCGACCCACAAGGAAGGACCCCGGCCGCCUCAAUACGCGCCAGGCAAUUCCAGCACGUCCACCCUCGUUGACAAGGCCAAGUGGAGUAUUCAAUACUUGGACAAUUCUGCGGCGAGUGGCAUCGUAUAUCGUGACACGCUCAGGCUGGGCGACUUCGAAAUACGGAAUGUCCCCGUUGAAUCAGCCCUGACGAUGAGCCCCGAGCUCGAAGAGGAAACCAGCGUCAGCGGCAUCAUGGGACUGGCAAAGCAGCUACCCAACAACAUUUCGCCUCCCACUGCGUCAUUUCUCUCCCUGCUCCGGUCUCAGCUCAAGGCUCCCGUGUUUACAGUCGACCUGCGCCGAAACGCAACCAGCCGCUUUGACUUUGGGUAUAUCAACGAGUCCAUGGCCACAGAAAACAUCACAUGGCUAGAUUCCAAUCCACUCAGCGACCACUGGGAGGUUGAACUAGAUCGCACUGCCUGGCUGGGCAAAAGCUUCACGUGGGUGUACCACAAGUUUCAGGCCACCGUCGACACCGGCACGUCCCUCUUGUUCUUGCCGGAGCCCCUGGCCAGAAGAUACUGGGCAGCUGUCCCCAGUGCUAAGAAAGACGAGUUAUUUGACGCAUACGCGUUCUCCUGCAAGUAUUCGGAAAAGCUCCCGGAUCUCCUAUUCAAACUUCCAAAAAGUGAGCAUCUUAUUCGUAUACCAGGCAGAUAUCUCAACUAUGGCCCGCUCGAAUCAGAGCCCUCUAUUUGCUGGGGCGGCAUGCAAAGCGACCUUGACCUGAGUGCGACGAUUCUGGGUGAUGUGAUGCUCAAGGCAUUAUUUGUCGCCUUUGACGUUGACAAGAACAGGGUCGGCUUUGCCAAUAAGGUCCUUCACGAUGUGUUGUAG